AUGGGGUCGAUGGAAGAGAAUCAAGCACCUUCUGACAGUUAUAGUGCAGGAUGUGAUGUCAUUGAGAGUAACUGGGAUGAAGUUGUUGAAACAUUUGAUGACAUGAACCUGAGGGAAGCAUUACUUCGUGGUAUUUAUGCCUAUGGUUUUGAAAAACCUUCUUUAAUCCAGCAGAGAGCUAUUGUACCUUGUAUAAAAGGACUUGAUGUUAUUGCUCAGGCUCAGUCUGGAACUGGAAAAACUGCCACGUUUUCUAUUGCCAUUCUUCAGAAGCUUGAUGUUGCUCUCAAGGAAUGCCAGGCUUUAGUUCUGGCUCCUACUAGGGAAUUGGCACAGCAGAUUCAGAAAGUUGUCCUUGCUCUAGGUGACUAUAUGGAAGCUCAUUGUCAUGCUUGCAUAGGUGGAACGAAUGUUCGUGAUGACAGAGUGAGGUUAUCACAAGGUGUACACACAAUUGUAGGGACUCCUGGGAGAGUACAUGAUAUGAUCAACCGUGGAUACCUUAAAACAAACUACAUUAAGUUGUUUGUUUUGGAUGAGGCUGAUGAGAUGCUCUCUCGAGGUUUCAAAGAUCAAAUUUACAAUGUGUUCCGUUGCAUGCCCGAGAAUAUUCAGGUUCUAUUGUUAUCAGCCACCAUGCCUAAAGAUGUCUUUGAUGUUACAACUCGAUUUAUGAGAGAUCCUGUCAAGAUCCUGGUAAAGAAGGAAGAACUUACCCUUGAAGGUAUCAAACAGUUCUACAUUCAAGUAGAGAGAGAGGAGUGGAAGUUGGACACAUUGUCGGAUUUGUAUGAAACAUUGACCAUUACUCAGGCCGUGAUAUUCUGUAAUACCCGCAGAAAGGUAGAUUGGCUUACUGACAAAAUGUUGGAGAGAGAUUUCACAGUCUCUGCUAUGCAUGGCGACAUGGACCAAAAAGAAAGGGAUGUCAUUAUGAAAGAAUUUCGCACAGGCUCCAGCCGUGUCCUCAUUACCACAGAUUUACUUGCUCGUGGAAUUGAUGUGCAACAAGUCUCUCUGGUCAUUAAUUAUGACUUACCAACAAACCGGGAGAACUAUAUCCAUCGUAUUGGCAGAGGAGGCCGAUUUGGUCGUAAAGGUGUUGCUAUCAACUUUAUUACUCAAGAUGAUAUUCGUACACUUCAGGACAUCGAACAGUUUUAUAACACUGUAGUUGAUGAGAUGCCAAUGAAUGUGGCUGACCUUAUCUAA